GUAAUAGCUGUUUAUUUUGUAGAUGCCAUCACAAACUUAGUGUUCUAGCUUCUGACUCCCCUUUGGUGAGCCCAAAAUGCAAAGUUCAUACUAAGGAAAGAUUUGUAGCACGUGAAGAUCUUGUAUCUCAGAUUAUGGAUAUGGGUAUCUGUAGGAAUGGUGCUACAAAGGCACUGUAUUGGACAGGAAACAAAUCGGCUCUUGCAGCCUCCAACUGGAUAUUUGAUCAACCGGAGAGGGACCUUGAUACUCCCCUCGAGGAUGAGUUGGAAAUGAUAAGGGCUCAGCAAGCUGAACGAGAAAGGGAGGAAAGGGAACGAGAAGAAAUGCUGAGGGCAUGUCGCAGAGUACACACCAGUCAUGUUCAUCACCACCAUCAUCACCUCCAUCUAGACGAGAGCUUAGAUCCAGACGAUCUUGAGGAACUACAGGACGAGGAAGAUGUCGAUGAUGAGGAUGACGACGAGGAUGAUGACGAAGAUGACGAGGAUGAAGAUGAGGAAGAUAUGGAUUAUAAGAUGGUGUUCGUUGUCAACCGAUCAUUGAAUUUAACUCCGGGAGUGAUGACACUUCUGGUCUCAAAAGCUACAGCAGGACUUUACAGGAAAAUAAAUGCACAGGCACAGAGUGUUGAAUUUGGGCCAGAGGCGUUGGCUAUGUGGUCUGAUCUCGGAGAAAAAACAGUCAUAUUGUGGGCUGACACUGAACAGCACAUAAAGGAUCUAGAAUUAAUGGGCAGAAACCUACAGUUACCUUCCUACAUGAUGGAUGCUAGAGAGGGUAUGGGGAAGGCGGUUCUAGGCGUGUUUGGAGAGGAAAGAGUAGUAAACAAGGUCACCGGUAGAUUGAAGGUUGUCGUAUAAGAAGUUCUGCUCUCGGCAAUACAUAUUUACUAUUUAGCAGUCGGCACACUUAUGUUAACAUUUUUUCAAUGUUUUUCAAUGUUUUUCAAUGUUUUUUAAUUAUUAGAAUGCUUUCAUUUACUAAUAAGCCAUCAAUUAAACUUUUUUUUUAUUUGUUGAUCUUUUUG